AUGAAGGAUAAUUUAGAACAUUGUACGGCAUGGUUUUAUAAUCAAGAUACAUCUCGUAAGAAAACUGAUGCACUUGAAAUGUGGGAAAUUGAAAAUAUUCUUAAUUCACCAAAUAUGCAAACUGAUACACUAAAAGGUCUUACAUAUAGUGUCUGGUUUUGGCUAACACUUCUUUGUAAUCUGCGUGGUGGAGGUGCCAAAAAUCUAUACAAUGCUGGUAGACAUAAUUAUAUUCCCGCGGAUCAACCAAAUAAUUAUUCUCCAGUAGCAGAUAUUUUAUUAUAUCAAUCUAAAAGACCAAAAGAUUGUAAGUUUUUUUUAAGGAUUAAUACUUCACGAAAAAUAUAUCAUAGUAAUUGGUUCUGUGAUUCUACACUUGGAAAACAUUCUCAUGACAAUAUGCUCAAAAAUAUUAUUGCUGAUUGUAAAAUUGAUGCAAAGGGACGAAAUCUU